UUUAAAUAAAAUUAUUGAUCAGCAAUAAACACACAGAUAAAAGUAAAAUUCUAAUCAAUCUGGGUGCAAAGUUAACGUAUUUCUUUUAGGUUUCAAAUUGUUUAGUUAGCUGCUUUAAAGCGUCGAAACAUGGUCAAAUCAAGUAAGCAGUCGCGUCCAUUGCCUGCAACGGAUCGGAGCAGUGUCAGCGUCAGUGGCAGCGCUAACUACAUGGAACACACGUAUUGUGUGGUGUUGCAUGUAGUGGAGGCCAUUAAUUUUUAUGGACGUGAAACAAGGGAGGGGGAGCGGGAGCAGAUUAUUAUGAAUGCUGCCCUCAACACAGUGGACUUUGAGGUUGAGGGCACGCCGUCGGUCACAACGGAAACAAUCAUAUUCAAUAGCAAUUGUAUUUGGGAGUGCGAUAUGGCUGGGAUUAAGCGCAUCAAGACGGACCAUCGACCCGUCAAAGUCACAUUCUUUUCCAGCAACAAUAUGGAACGCAAGAUAAUUGGAUCGUUGCUACUCCCUGUACGGGGAUUGCCAGUUCUAGGCACAGGCGGUAACAACAGUCCGCUUCAGCUGAAAAUGUUCUGGCACAAGUUGAUCUGCAUUAGCAAUGAGUUUCGGUCCCACAAACCGGAGGUUUUGCUCAUGUUGGCCAUUAUCAAAAAGUCUCUGUUGCAUACUAAGGACUUCAAGCAUCUAACGGCUUUCAAUAGUUCAGAGAAGCAAAGUCGAACACCGCCGCUACAGUCACCCGGUCAUUCGAUCACGGCCAACAUGUUGCAGUCGCAGGCCAAUGUCUAUGUUCAGUCGCUGGUGCAAUUGGGUCUGCUGCAGGUGGGCAACGAUCCUCUGGUCGACUGUGACAUCAUCGAGGUGGUGCUGCAAUUUAAACAGCUCAAGAAUCUCAACAAAUUUGUUAAGUCUUUAUAUAAUAGCAAGGCGGAUGAAGUGGAAACCGUGUUGCUUAUGUUUGAUUUUGUUGGCAAUGUCACUAAUAUUGAUCUUAAGUUAAGCAACUUGGAUUCCUAUACGCUCAACGAUGUGCUCGGCCUGCGUUUCAAAUCGUCUCUGCGUAGUAUACGGUUGUAUUUCCAGCGUAUAUUUUAUUUGCCGAUCAACAUGUAUGUUAAUGGCACUUCAAUAGCCAAUUAUCGCAUGGACUUCGGUAAGCUUUUGCCACCUGAUAACUAUUUUGCGGAAAAUCGCAAAUUUGUAUACAGCGGUAGCUUUGCUUUUGACCGCUUUGGCCGCAACGGAAGUGCGCGUGAGCUGAAACCAAUCAUGGACUACACAUUCACAGUGGAUAUACAGGAGGUGUAUUGGCGCCAGCAGGGAAAGCAGAUGGAACCGCAGAUGAAGCAACAGCAACUGCAUGAGGAAUCGCUGGAAAUGCAAUCGGUGGGCACCACAGCUGUCAUACUUGAAGUGCCCAAUGAUCGUGCUCAUGAUAAAGGGGUCGAAUGGAGCCGCAAUGCCGAAAUGCAAUCAGCUUCUGCUAAUGGAUCAGUGGGCAGCUUGAAUGUGGGUGCUGAGCUUUCAGCUUCGGAUGAACGAGACAGCGCCUCGGAGUCAGCACGCGAUUCUGAUGCACAUGCAACUUUACACUCAUCUCAAGGGCGUCGCAAGAAAUUUACAAGGCUUUUAGCAGAUAAUUCUGAAAAUUAUGAUGAGGAGGACCAAGGGGAAGACCAUCCGUAUACUCCAAAGGUUGUCACUCGAAAACUGCCCACAAGAUUGGAACCUAAAGAGGAACAGCGUCCUGAUGAUGUAAUAGAUUCUGAUGUUGACGUCGGUUCUGAUUCCGAGAUUUGUGGAUUGUAUGAUAAUGACAGUAACGACAAAAAAAGGGACGACUGGUUGGCGGAGCGUAUUCACGAAACAAAGAAAGAUAAGCAAAAACAUAACACAUCCUCAACUUGUGGUUUCGAAAAACAGUCAUCCGUAAGAGGUGAAAAAAUGAGCAGAGAUUCUAAGGAUGGUGGACAGCAAAGGAAUAUUCUGGACUUACAACAUAUCGACGAAAAGGCAACCCGAUUUCUGCAGGAUGAAAUGCAACUCAAGGAUCAUAUGACCAAGCGGAAUGGAAAAAAGCUUUCAGCUAAUAAUAUUGACGAAGAUGAGGUUGAUGAUCAAAUUAUCGAUGAUUCUUGGGCUGAGUUAGAAAAGGAAAAUAAAAAGAAUUCAUCAAAACAGUUGUCCGGGGAAGGCUCUGCUAGGCAAUGUCUGAAACAAAACUUGGAAGACAAGCCAAUAGAUAAAGCGGAGCAAAAAACUGCGUCUAAACUACGCAAACCCCAAGCUCAGGUAACUCAUGUCGAGGAUGCUGACCUGUGCACAAACUAUGAAGCUUCUACAUUACCUAAACUAAUAGAACAUAGUAACAAAAAUAAAAUAAAUCAUUCAACUGAUGAUUCAUUGGUCAUCAAACCGAAAGUCAUACGCAAGAAGAAGAUCGUCUCUAAAACAGAAGAAUUGGAGGUAUUCGAGACCUCAACUUCCAAACCACGUACGGCUCGAAUGAAAUAUGUGGCUUCACAGGAAAAUCUAGAUGUUGCGCCUGACUCGGGUAGCCAUUUUGCUCGAGAUAAACUCGGCACGAAGCCAAAAAACAUAAUCAUAGACAUGGAUGCGCCAACAGAAACAGAUGAACUGGAGGAUUGCGUCCACAAACCAAAAGUUUCCCAGAAUAAACCAAUGCCAAAUGCCGAAGAGGAAAGAAUUUCUAGUGAAACAGUUUUUAAGAUGAAAAAAUCAAAAUCAAAAAGGUCUUCCGUUUCAAAAACGGAUCUCCUACUAGGUGCCCGCUGGGUGGAGGUGAGCAAGGAGCAGACCGAAGCCUUGAAAGAAACUGAGCAGUUCAUUGAAACUAGCUGCAAAGCAGAGCUGGACGAAAUAUCAAUUGAAGAGCAGUGCCUAGUGAACUCCAAGAAAUCCACAAGUAAGAAACUGGUUCGCUCAUCACGCACGAUUUUAAAAAAUAAUAUUGAAUGUAAUGAUGUGAGUAUUAGUUCGGAAGAAUGUUCUAAUAUCCGUCCGGAUCAGGACAUUAUACUAACAAAAAUGAAUUCAAAAAUUGAAACUAGUGCUGAAAGCUCUGUUGUAGAGCAGCCAAAACUUGAGCGAAAAGGGAUUCAAAAGGAAAUUGUAUGUGGUAACUCGCAGGAUCUUCUAGUUAACCCGCAAAAGAAUCAGGCAAAACCCAAUUCUAGCAGAACCAGAGAACGGACUAGUCAAAAACUGGAGAAUGUGUCUUCAGCAUUAUUAGAUUUAAGUCCAACUAAAAAGCAUGAGAAGAAGCACCGACAAAGUGCACAGAAAUCUUUAUUGCAAGAGUAUUUGGAUGCGGAAGAGUCUUGUGCUGUGGAGCAGCCUCAGGAAGUUAGCGUCCAGUCAGUGAAGUCACUCAAGUGCCACAACGUCAAGACAACGGGAGACGAACCUACGGAACCAGGGGAGUCGGGUGACCUGGAGUCGAUAAACCGGAAAAGACUUGCGAAAAAAAAGAGAACAAUUAAAGAACAAAGCGUUAUCGGCAAGGUCUGUGCUAUUAAAGAGAAGACUUCCGGUAAAGCCAACCUGGAAGGCACAGUGCACAUGUACGACGAAACAAAAGGAACAGAGGAGCCAGCCAAAGAUAGCCUCAAAUUCGUAAACCAGAGCGUCAACACGGACAUCAGCAAUAUGGAUGAAAGCAUCAAACAAAUUAUGGCAGCUGGCAGGAAGCUGCAGCACGAGAUACAACGGAAAUCACAAGAAUACAUUGACAGUUUAAGUCAGUGCCGAUCUGAUGCAGAUAUAUCGGAGCAAGCACCGCACAAUCAGGAGCAAAACAUUACGCAUACUGGUGCUGAUUAUGAUUCCAAAUUUGUCGAACUGGAGCAGCACAUAGUGGUGUUGGAACAACAUGUGCGUAAGUUUGAAAGCCGCACUCAGGAUAUGCAGGAUAUGAACUCAAAGCUGGAGCAGGAGAAGGUCCAGCUUAAGCAACGUAUUACUCACAUGGAGUACCAAAUAUCACAGUUGUGCCAGCAGAGCGCCAAUGGCAACGAUCUGCAGCAAAUCCUCAGUGAGAUGCGCCAGCAAAACAUACGAUACAUGGACAUGAGCAAGGCCAAGGAUCGAUACAAGAAGCAAUGGCGACGCACUGCUAAGCGUGUGCACGCUCUUAAGCUGGCCAUGUACGAGAAGAGAGUGCAGAAUGAAAAAAACAUACCGAACGUGCUGAAUCUGAAGAGUAUUCUUACCCAGGAUGCUAAUGACUUUGAGCGAGAGUACGGGCGUUUUCGCAGGCCGACUACGUUCAGCUUUUCCGGUUCUGGUGACUCACCGGAGCCCUUGCUUAAGGAUUAUCUGCGCGGUCUUUCCAGCCAAACAGUACACCAACAAAACCCUGCUAAUCUUGUGGAUAGCACCCGAAUGCAUUAGCGCCGUUUCCUUUUAACGAAAUUGU